AUGCGUAACUUCAGGUUCCAGGGCUUUUCCACGAUUCUCGCUGCCUGUUUUCUGAGCAGUGUUUUACAAAUUUCUUCCAAGGCGCAAUCUUGGAACCCUCUCCUACCGGAUCCAGCUCCGCAGCCUGUCGGUGCAGCAAGGGACAAGCUUAAGCUCAGAAUACCAACAGAACCAAAGAGCUAUCCCAGCGACCCAAUAGAAAGCGACUUCGACAUACCCUUGCUGAAAGAAAAACUGGGCAAAGAUUACGAUCAAGUAAAUACCGCCAUCAACAAAGAGGAGCUCCUCAUGAAGAAAAACAACUACAGUUCCACUCACGGUGACCGACAACAGGACUUUGUGCGAAAAAUGUUGGUCCAAAGCAUGCCGCAAGAAAUAAAAAACCUCAAUUUCAAAAUGCCCGGGAUGAAAAGAUACCUUGGAUCUAAGGCGAGUAAAAAGCUUCAGCUCUGGCUAUGGCAAGUGUCGCAUUGCCCUGUUCUUCCCAAAUGGAAAGAUCUAGGGGUGCGUUAUUGGCCUCGUCACAUUAAUGUCGGGCGAUGCUCAAAGAAAGCCACAUGCUCGUUUCCUUCUGGGAUGAGGUGCCGGAUUUCCAGUACUAAGGACGUGGGUGUGCUGCGAUGGCAUUGUCUUGACAGAUUCGCCCAAAGGAAGGAGACUACUUGCAUGUGGCUGCCAUUUCACCACCCCGUGAUCUCAGAGUGUAAAUGCAAGUGCUUACAAUGA